CAAACAUGGCUGACUGACAGGUGCUUUGUCAAUCUAGUUAGAAGAAAAUACAUUUGUUUGAAGGAUAAGGCGAUAACUGAUAAUGGCGCUUGUGAAACAGAAUAAUGAUGUAGUUUCCUGGAAUAUCAAGGCCAUUAAAAAACCUAGAGUUAAAUUACCAGAAAUUAAAGAUAGACCAGUUUUAGAUUAUGAGAAAUUGAGAUGGUUGUGUCAAGUUAAUGAUUCAACAGAUAGGAAAAAUGAGGAAUCUAAAAAUGAAUUCCAUGAGUUAUUCAUGGAGAAUUAUAAAAAAUUAUUUGUUCAACCACCAAAGAAAAUUGGGUUUCCAGAUCAUUCUGUCAAGCGAGGGAAUAAAAAUCAAUCCUUACACAGUUUGAGCCAAAAAGCAACAGGCCCAACAACAGAGAGUGAGAAGAAAGCUAUCUUACCUCCUACAUCAGAUACAACAUAUACCCAUAAUAUAGGAGAUUACUUAAAAACUUAUCAUAAACAAAGACGUACAGAUAAACCUAAAACAUUUAAUCCUGAUUCGAUGAAAAUAUUGAGAAAAUUACUUCGAAAAUUACCAUUUGAAAGAAGUGCAACUGAGAUUGAUAAAAUGAGAUCUAUAUUGAAAACGAUUCCAUUCUUUGCUGAUAAUAUUCCUGAUAGUGUGAUCAAAGAAUUAUGUGUAGUAGCUCAAUUAGAAGUCUGGAAGGAGAGUGACUUUAACAUUUUUGGUAAUAUAGGAUUGCAUGUUAUAUUAAAGGGUUGUGUUCAACCUGAAACCAACCAGUAUCUUAUAGUACCAGUUAAUAAAGAAAAAUCCAUGUUGACCUCGACUAAUGUCUCGACAAACAUCUCAAUAACUUUCUCAUCUGAUACAACAGAUACUAAUAAACAACACACUGAAGAUAAACAACCCAAAAAGCUAGGUGUAGGAGAUUGUUUUGGAACUCUGAAGAAAUUAGAAGAUGAAGAACCGACCUGCAGAUCUCUCACUGUUAAAACACUGGAGACAAAUUGUGAAUUUAUGAAAAUAACAACGUCUGAUUAUAAACGAGUAAUGGAGCAAAUUAAACAGAAAGAACAUACAGAGAAAUUAAAUUUAAUACUGUCAUGUAGUCAAUACAAUUCCUGGCCUAGACAGCCAUUAUUACAAAUAUCUAAUUUAAUAGAGUGGAUAACAUACAAACCUAAUACAGUAUUAGUAAGUGAAGGAUAUAAAUCACCAUUUAUAGCUUUUAUUAAAUCUGGUGAAUGUCAUGUUUUAAGACAAGUUGAAGUUUUAGAAACUCUCAAAAAUGGACAAAAGGAACAUAAAUCGAAACAAGUGGUUAUCGGUCGACUGGGACCAUCUACAUCAUUCUGUGAGCUGAGUGUGUUAUUAAAGGAACCUAUGUCUACAUCUAUUGUCACUGCUAGUAAUAUUGAACUAGGUAUUAUUAAACCAGAGAGACUUGAGGAAUUAGAUGAAGUUACCAUACAGUUAUUCAAACAGUCCAAUACACAUUUAUUUGGUAACUUAACUAAGGAUGAUGUACAUGAAGAAUAUAUGCAACAAGAAUUAAAACGAGAGUGGAAUGAAUUUAAACAUCAUGUUGUAGUUGAUGUUAUAAAUACAAGAGGUAUUAAACCUGGCUAUGGUAAAUGGGCUAAAUAA